UAGGGAGGUAAAACAGUGUUGAGCCAUUUCUUAGAGGAUAUGUAAUAAAUGAAGACAUAGCAAACUUUUUGAGCUGCUUGUCAGGAGGGAAGGAUGCAGACUCUAGGAAAAAAAAUAAAAGUCGUCUCCUUGCCUCUUUCAUGCUAAUUAAUGCAUUCAGAAGCUGUAUUGAGAGGAAUUUAAACUCGUGAUAGUCAUAAGAGAACAGAUCAAAGAAGAAAAAACAGAGCAAGUCAAGGAGAAGAAAGCUGCUCAUGCCUUUCAGUUAACAGACAGAAUACACGUCUGAAAGAGGCUUGAGCAGGACCAAGCUCACAACAUGCCCGGAAGAAACCACCAUACAGAUGGCAACUUUUUCAGAGGGAAAGGACAUGGCUAUCUUGCAGCAGAAGAAGCCCUGGGUAUUGGACUUUUCUUUUUGGUGCUGGCAAUUUUAUUUAUCUUUGGCUGCUGGUAUUACAAAAGACGCAGUGGCUACAAAAGUCUACGGAGCAAAAGUUCUGGUGUGGGCACAAUAAGAACCGCAGUAGGUGAAGGAACAACGCUGGACUGCAAAAUGGCUCUGCAGGAGUACAGAAACUUUAAUUCUGUGGUACCUGAUGCUCCACCAGCUUAUGACAAAAUCGCUGCAGAUCACUCACCUCCACCUUAUUCACCGUAAUAGGAGAUCUUGAA